AUGGUCGACUACAAAAGUAGACUACGCGUGACGAGUAGAUGUGUGCAACCUUUGUUUCUGUUGUUGCGGACUUGGGUUUGUGUGUUUGUGUUUAUGACAUGUGUUUGUGUGUGUGGUGGUUACGUUGAACAGAAGUUUGCUAUGGAGCCACAGGAUCAGACUGCGGUAAUGGGCUCCAGAGUGACAUUGCCAUGUAGAGUUGAAAAUAAAGCAGGUCAAUUACAGUGGACGAAAGACGAUUUUGGUCUAGGUCUGCACAGGGAUCUCAGUGGUUACGACCGGUAUAAGAUGAUCGGUAGCGACGAAGAAGGUGAUUACUCUUUGGACAUCAGAGAAGUUACGUUGGAAGACGACGCCAAAUAUCAGUGUCAAGUCAGUUCUGGUUUAAGAGGUGAGCCAGCAAUCAGGUCACGCUACGCCCGCUUGACUGUUCUAGUGCCGCCGGAACCGCCGAAAAUAUUAGAAGGAAAUUUAUUUACCGUGUCAGUGGGUAAUAUGAUUCAUUUGGCAUGUGAAUCCGUUGGAGGGAAACCCCCGGCCGAGAUCACGUGGGUUGACAGCAACGCCGGUGUUUUGACGCAGGGCCUUACGUACACCGUGGAGCCUAUGAGCGAUGGACAGAGAUUUACGGCAAGGUCAAUUAUCAGAAUGCCGGCGAAGUACGAGCACAAUAAUCAAACGUUUACCUGUCAAGCUCAGAAUACAGCCGAUCGAGCUUACAGAGCUGCUAGUAUCAGGAUUGAGGUGACAUAUGCGCCAAGAGUGAAGGUCCACGUAAAUCAUGGUAAACGUGUUCUAGAAGGAAAAAAUGCGACAAUAAAUUGCGUAGCAGAUGGGAACCCUAAUAAUCUAACUUACAAAUGGUUCAUAAAUGGAGUGCCGUCUGGAAAUACAUCUGAGCUGAAAAUCACAAAUGUAACAAAGGCACACAAUGGCGCUGCUUUAAAAUGCGUCGUUCAAAAUGAGGUCGGAAGAAACGAAGACAUCGGCUAUCUUCGAGUUACUUAUCCACCUUCAUUUCGAAACCGACCUCAGGAUGUUGAAGCUGAAAUAGGAAAGUCAGUGACAUUAAGCUGCGAUGUCGAUGGAUAUCCAGCCCCAGAAAUUGAAUGGUUACAUUAUGAGGAAGAUACUAAUAUUCGAGUGGGUAAAACGGCAAAUCUUAGUCUUACCGUGGACACACACACAGUUGGCCGAUAUUUGUGUAAAGCCAGUGUCGAAGGCUAUCCGGACAUCGAAAGUGAAGCAUCUGUAUUUAUUAAAGGUCCACCUAAAAUUAUUUCAAAUCAUACACAGUUUGGCUCUCAAGGUGAUACUGUUAAUAUUGAAUGCGCCGCUUUUGCCGUUCCUAGAAUAGACAACAUCGUUUGGACGUUCGAUGGAAAGGAAAUCGAUACGAUACACGAUCAAGACUACGCCUUCCUGGAGGAGUUGCAAUCGGGAGGUAUCGUCAAUUCGACGCUAACGAUUCGUGAGAGCCAAUCUAAGCACUUCGGUGUUUACAAAUGCAACGUGUCGAAUGAAUAUGGAAGUGACAGCAUCGAGAUCAUCUUGAAGUCCAAUAAAAGCUUCCCCUUACUGCUGAUUCUGUUCGGAGUGACAUCAGGAACGAUAAUGGUAGCAGUGGUCAUAAUGCUGGUAAUUCUAUGUCAAAGAAAACAGAGAAAAAAUAAACAAGUACAAGUAACAGAGAAGCCAGACGUUACGGUUACUGCCGAGGAACUUUUCAAAGAAAACGAUAGAAAUUCAAACAUAAGUGAUUUGAAACUCGAACUGAGACAGGCGAAUGGCAGUUGCGAAAUUGAUUAUUCGAACACCGGAUCGGAUAGUACAUUAUGUUCUAAUGCUAAAUUAGGGAGUGGUAUCCCUUUGGCCGGUACGGUGCCGCUGUCUUCGAUAAAUCAAACUAACACAUAUCAGCCGUAUAGAUACAGCAAUGACUACAGCGAUCCGGCCUAUUCGGACUAUAAGGUAAAUGGUUUUGGUAACGGAUACCAAACCUAUGUCCACUACGGUCACGACUAUACGCCCGGAUCAUUACGAGUGCAAUCGCCCACUAUGGCGAGUGACAAGCUUACACCCAAUAGGUCUAUAAACGGCAGCCUUCCUAGGAGCGUUGAUACGCCUUCAGUACAAUACAACGCGAGUAAUGGAUCCCAGAGCAAUUCUUUGCAGCGUGCAGCGAAACGGCAGGAUAGCAGUGUGGCUUUGAAUAAUUUGCCGAAUGAAGGUGCACGAGUACCAAACGGUGGUAUAAUCCAAGGAGUAGACGUAAGAUACGCAGCGACGUAUGGAAAUCCACAUUUAAGAACAGGAUUAAGUACUGUACACACAGCUAAACCAGCAUCGACUCCCGCACCUCCGCCCUAUUCAUCAGUUAGAAGUUCAGUUAUAAUACCUUCAGGUACAUCAUCACAUUCAAUAACAUCGCCAACAAGUCUUGCAUCACCACAAUGUGCCACAAGUCCUAUCACUAAUUCUACUCUGUCUACAGAUAGCGUACAGCCUACGGUCGGAGUGACCUCGUCGACCACUCCUCAAUCGCCGAGUUCGCACUACAUACUUGCUCCAUCGAAUCGAUCCUUAAGUAACACGACCGUUACUAAGAAAGGUAACGGCAACCAGCAACCAUUAGCGACGCAUGUAUAAACGUUCCUAAAACUGUUUUCUAGUGUUG